AUUUUUUUUUUUUUUUUCUUUUUUUCUUUGAUCGUCACCCCAGAAUAUCCCUUUCGAUCACGCGACAUUAACUCGAAUCGAAACUUUGUCAUCACUCACCUCCAUAUACACUUAACACUUCCAAAAAAAAAAAAAAAAAAAUACAUACAUCUAAGAGUAUAAAAAGAAAGUACCUAUUAAAAAAAAAAAUUAAUUAAUUGACAUUAAUUAAUAGAUAAAAAAUUUUACAAAAAAAAUUACAAAAAAAUUUUUUUUUUCAAGAUUGUAAAAAUGGCUUUUAAAAAUUAUUAUAAUAUUAUUAUUAAUAACAAUUAUUAAUAAUAAUAUUGAAAAAUUUAAAGAUUAUAAAAAAAGAGUGUUAAAAGAGGUGUGCAUUUAUAUUUAUUAUUGUUUUUUGAUAUUUUUUUAAAAUGAAUUUCAUGAAAUAAAUUUUACGAAGUUUUAUGAAAUUUUAUUUAUUUAUUUAUUUAUUUAUUAAUAUUUAUCGUCCCUGUUAGUGUAUAUAUUAUCCAUAUAUGUAAAUAUAUAUAUUGUGUGUGUUUAUAUAGCUUGUAGCUCAUAAACACAAUCACCGAAGCUCAGUUGAGAUCGUCUCGUCGUGUGUUGCUUCCGUAUUGAUGCUGCUGCUGCUGCUGUUGGUUUUAUUGCUGAUGUUACUUCAGUGUCGCAGUCUCGUGCAUCAUUUAAACACACAAAUUUAUUUUAUCUCUAGUACUAUUUUAUUAACAAAAAACUCAAUAAAUUAAUUAUCAUUAAUUAUCAAUUAUUUAUUAUUAUUCGAAAUAUCAAAAUUGACAAACAUGAUAGUGAAAAUUGUGAUAGUGUUUUUUAAAAAAAAUCCAGGUAAUAACGGCUGAAAGUAUUAAUUAUUAUUUUUUAAAUAUUUAUAUUAAUAAAAACUCGGAAAACAUGUGAUUGUUAUAAUUAAUAUAUAUUUAUUUAUAUAUCUAUAUUUUUUUUUUUCUGUCAACAAGCCAAUUUACAUUUUCGAAAUUUUUCGAUUUUUUUUUUAUUUUUUUUUCGAUUUCUAUCUGUUUCGUUGACUGUGUUAUUCGCUAAUUGUUUUAAUUUUUUUUUUUUUUUGUAUUUUCUUGUUUUACUUUAAAACAAAUUAAACAUUUUAAUUGAACUUUAUUUAUUUUUUAAUCCUCAUCAUCAGUGCAAAAGUGUUUUUAAAAUACAAAUGAAAUUUUUUUUUUUUAAAUUUAUAAUUUAUUUCUAAAAAAUCAACAAAUUGUUUGUGUAUUUUUUUUUUAAAUUACAUAUAAUGAAAAAUGCUGUUUUUAAAAGUGUUGAUAAUUAAAAUAGAAUCAGUGUGUGUUGGUGUAGGUGUGUGUACGUGAAUAGAAAUUAAAAUUUUCAAACGAAAUAGUUAAGGGUUUUUUUUUUUUUGAAUCAACAGAUAAUCAAUUGAUAUAAAUUUGAGUUGAAAAAAAAAGAGAAUAAGAUAAAAAUUAAUUUAUUAUAUAAAUAAAUUGAUAAAUUAAUAAUAUUGUGUGUGUAUGUGAGGAUGAACGUCGGUCAUGCCGACUGAUCUGUUGAAAAAUAAACCAGGUGACAAAUUAAACGUCAUCAACGUGUUUAUUAAAAAUAAUAGUACGAGAGAAUUUAUAUCUCUCGUUUAAUAAUAAUGAGCUCCAUUGAUUUUGAUGAGGUGCUGGUACAUGUAGGUGAAAAAGGAAGAUAUCAAAAUAUUAUGUAUUAUUUAUUAUGUAUACCAGCAACAUUGCCAGCUGCAUUUCUUGCAUUUUCACAGGUGUUUGUAAGUGCAUCACCAGAACACUGGUGUAAAAUACCAGAAUUAGAAAAUAUGACAAGUCUGAUGAGUGUUGAGGAAAAAAAAGCAUUAUCAUUACCAUAUACAAUUAAAACAGAUGGAAGGCGACAAUAUUCAAGGUGCUAUAUGUACGAUGUUAAUUAUACAUCAAUAUUAGAAGGAUGGUUACAACGUGGUUUUACAACACUUGAUGAUGGUACCAAAAUACCACCAACACCAAUUAGCAGUACAGACUGGCCAGAGACCAAGUGCCUUCAUGGAUGGAUUUAUGAUAAAAGAGAUUAUGAUAGUACUCUUGUUACUGAGCUAGAUCUUGUAUGCGACAACAGCUGGUUACCAUCAACAUCAACAACAUUUUUUUAUGUUGGUAGUUUAUUUGGAAAUGUUGUAUUUGGAUGGAUUGCUGAUAAAUGGGGAAGAAGAACGGCCUUUUUUGCAAUACUAUUUCUCGAGGUCAUAUUUUCAAUUGCAACGAGUUUCAGUCCAAAUUAUGUUGUCUACACGGCCCUGAGAACCAUCAAUGGCCUAUUUUUUCCUGCAAUAUAUCAAAUACCCUUCAUACUUGCACUUGAAAUGAUGGGUCCAAGGUAUAGAACAUUUGCAGGAAUGGUUAUUUGUAUGUUUUUUGCAACUGCAAUGUGUUUACUUGCAUUAUUGGGAUAUUUAUUGAGAAACUGGUACUCCCUAUCAUUAGCAACAUCAGUACCAUUUAUUUUGCUCUUCAGUUAUUGGUGGAUAAUACCAGAAUCACCACGUUGGUUAUUAAGUAAAAAUCGAAUUGAUGAAGCUGAAGUGAUUGUUCAAAAUAUGGCAAGAGUUAAUGGAAAAAUAGUACCAACAAAUUUUCUUCGUAAAAUGGAGAUGGAUAGUUUAAAAAAACAAGGUAUAUCAUGUAAUGGAAGAAACACAGAUAUAUUUGGAAUAACAAGUGAUCAAAGACCACCUCCACAAUCAGCAACACCAAUGGACAUCAUGAGAAAUCCAAAUAUACGUAAAAAAUUUUUUAUUCUUGCAUUCGAUUGGGUUGCAAAUGCUGUUGUCUAUAAUGGUUUAUCAUACAACACAACAAAUCUUGGUGUAUCUGAUUAUCUCGCAUUUUUCAUUGGAGGAAUUGUUGAAAUACCAUCUUAUGUAAUCACAUGGUACGCAAUGGAUAGACUUGGAAGAAGAUGGGUAUUAUGCUUGACGAUGCUUCUUGGUGGUGUUGCUUGUGUCUCUUGUAUGUUUGUUCCAGAAGAUGCAGUAUGGGUCACAGUGUCAUUAGCAAUGAUUGGUAAAUUUGGUAUUGCUGCAUCAUUUGCUGUAUUUUACGUAUUUGUUGGUGAAUUAUUACCAACAGUAUUACGCUCACAAGCAAUGGGAAUAGCAUCAUUUAUUGCUGGUAUUGGCCUACUAACAUUUCCUUAUAUUGUACAUCUUGCUGAAUAUUCACGUGAAUUACCAUUGAUUGUUAUGGGUUCAUUGAGUGUUGCUGGUGCAUUGACAUCAGUAUUUCUUCCUGAAACAUUAAAUAUUCAUUUACCACAAACAAUUGAAGAAGGAGAAUUAUUUGGAGCUGAUUUUAAAUUAUUUUCUUGUCCAACACGACCAAAUCGUUCAAAAAUUAAAACAAGAAGACGAGAAUCAUUUCCGUUGAAAUAUCUUGUUAAUGGAAGACCAGGUAAUCGUUCGAAUGUUGUUAAAUCAUCAAUAAGCGAAUCAACGACACAAGAAACAUCGGAAUUAGCAACAUGUCUAUUACCAUUAACAAAAGAAGAUGAAAUAAUUAGCUUAAAUAAUAGUAAAGAUGAAGAAGAUGUUGUCAAUGAACAACAACAUAAAGAAAAUGAUAAAAAAAAUAAUAGUCAUGAUGUUUUUGUUGAUUUUUGUCAUAAUUAAUUUACAAUAAUAUCAAUUUACAAAUUAAAUAUUACAUUUAAAUCAUAACACACAAACAAAAUUAGAUAAACGAAAAAAAAUGAAGAAAAAAACAAAAUAAUUCAUUUCAAUUAAUUAUAAGCCCAUAAUUACUUUGUAUUAUAUUAUCAGUAUAGGCAUUGUAUUUAUUUUUUUCCAUUAAUUAUAAUGUACUUCCUUUCUAAAAAAAAAAAAGAAUCGUUUUUUGUUGUUGAAUUAUUAAAAAGGUAAGUAAUUUUAAAAUGUAAAAAGUAUAUUUUAUUCAGUUAUUUAAUUUUUCAUAAAUUAUAUAGUUAAUUAUUAUUUUAAAUAAAUAUUAAUUUAUUUAACCAAG